UUGGUCGCUCCACCUUACAUCUUCCUUGGACCUUAUACGUCUGCGUGGAGAUCUUUCAUUGAUUCAGCAGGCAUUGCCUACAUCAUCAGCAUCGGCAGAGCGCUUGUUUGUCCCAACCACCCUCAUGUCCAAUACUACCGCCUGCAACUCUUGGACAAGGAUAUAUCCUCCAUAUAUGCGGCUAUUGAUAGAGCCAACCAGAUCAUCACUAGUGCUAGGAACAGCGGAGGAAAAGUUCUCGUGCACUACGUCGCAGGUAUGUCCCGCUCUCCGACGAUUAUUAUAACCUACCUCAUCUCGAGAUGUUCUAUGUCGCUGGAGGACACAAUUGGGCCUUUUGUGCGCGCGAGGCCUAUGGUAUGUCCGAGACCUGGUUUAUUGCGC